UUGCCUUAUCGCUUCCUACGACUAAGCUUUCUGUCAUAGAUCCGUGCAACAUUGCUAUUGUUCUUAUUGCUCGAACUGAUUUUUGAAACCUCCUAUCAAGUUACAAAAGAUCCCCAUGUCACACAUCGACGAAGAAUCUGCUGCACUGGUUGAGUCCAUGCGCGUCCCUCGCGUUUGGAAAAAUGGUCAAAUCCCCAUAUCGCGCCUUCCAGAUGAGAUUCUCCUGAUGAUCUUCAAGCACUUCGAAGAAGAGAGGCGUCUCAAUGGAUACGAUAGCGAUGAUGAUUUUGAGAGCGAUGCCGUCGAUGAUGCCCCUGCUUGUCUAGUAGUCACACACGUCUGCAGACGCUGGCGCAAAGUCGCUCUCGAGUGCCCGACUCUUUGGAGAUUCAUCAGUUCUACCUCUUUGUAUUGGCUAGAUGUCAUGCUUGAGAGGUCGCAGCAGGCUCCUUUGGUUGUCACCUAUACAACAUUUGCGAUCUCACUAAAGGGUUGCUUGGAGAAAAUUCUUUUACACCUGCCCCAUAUCAAAUACCUCGAAUUACGCGCACUUUCAUAUCACGUCGGCCGCGUUAUGGAUCUGCUAUCAUCUCAACCUGCACCAAUGCUUGAAACAUUUAAAUUCUCGGUCUACGGUCAACUUCCUUCAACGGUAUCCAUAUCCGACACCAUCUUCCAAGGACAAGCACCCUCGCUUCGGUACCUCGAGGUCGACUAUUGCAAUCCCAGAUGGUCAUCGAGCAUUUUCAGUGGGCUUCGAACUCUAUAUGUCGCGAAAACGUCCUUGCCGGACCUCCUUUCGGCUCUACAAUGUACAGACACCCUGGAACAGCUUACGCUCCGAUAUGACUUUUUACAAACUGGCCAAUCAAUACUCAUCGAUGGAGUGCCACUCCCUCGGUUGAAAAAGAUUGUACUAGACGGUACCUCGCUCGAAACUGCUGUGUCUCUCCUCGGACGGCUGGCCCUUCCCGUUAACGUCAAGAUCGCUCUACAGCUUUCAUCAAUCGAAGGGCACCGAACCUUUGCUGAUUUGUUUUCAGUCAUGAAUAUGCACCCUGGUGGAUCCGGUCCCGUCUUUCGGUCGCUGCGUGCCAUUAAACUCAAGCCAUGGCGUUUUGCUGUUCAGUUUAGCUCUUUGACAGAGAUCAAUUCGAACUACUCCUGGAAUCCUCAAGAUGAUGACAUACAACUCUCGAUCCAAUUCUACUACGAAGACUCUAAUGAAUUUCAGCCAAAUGGACCACCCGCUGGAUUUUCCAGAGAUAUUGUCUUCGAUAUGUGUAAAAUCAUCGCGCAACGCAGCGGUCUAACUUUCUUCUCCGGAAAAUUCGAAUCCAUCUAUGUGGAGGGUGGCCCAGACUUUAUUGGAGGCUUAACCGCUGCGCUCCGGAUUGAAGGGUCGUCAAGAGGCACGUAUCCCUCGCUUCGUGUUCUGAAGCUCCUCGGUAUCUCGUUCGAAGGUGAUGAACUUCAAAACCUUCGAGAUGUCUUGACGAUGCGAGCCAAACAUGAGGUCCCCGUCCACGACCUCCGCCUCAGACUAUGCCGUAAUUUCACGGCUGAUCAGAUGCAGCUUUUUCAACAAGUGGUUAUGAACAAAAUCGAUUGCGAUCAAUCUACCCUUGAUCACGGUUCGAUUGCGGCUAUUCUGUAUCCUUCCUAGACUGGAGUUUUAGUAUGUUUUAGCGUUCCUAUCGUCGGUAGCUGUAUUUAAUGGUCUCCCCUUAGGUUAGGCAGACCUAAUCUACCCCAGCAAUAAUCAUGCUCUCUUCCAAGUACUUAGUAGCUCAACUUUCUUUUCAUCACAACUUAUUACGGCUCAUGUAAAGUAAAUGUAGUGUUGAAAUGAAA